CUCAUGAUUUUAUUUGUGCAAAGCAGUUAAUUUGCAGCUAGCUAGCUAGCUUGUAGCGCUAUAGCGAUUGCACAUAUUUGUUGAAAGAUGUGGCAUUCAUCUUGUGCAAAGCUAUCUGUUCUUGUGAUACUUUGUUUAUUUAGUGGUAUCACUGGUCAAGUUUUGCCAGUGGUGACGCCAUCUGAACAAUUUGUCCGGAAUGGAGGUGGACCCCUCACAGUGAGCUGCAACACUGGAAGUCUUGCAACUGAGGAUCAAAUACAAUGGAUAAAACUGAAUAGUGCUGACUUAGAGGCUUUCCAGAUGGCAAGUUCUACUGAGUGUGUUUCAGCGAUGUCUAGUGGUAGUGGUGAUGGUGACAAAGGAAGCACUGGCUCUGGCUCUGGCUCUGGCACUGGCUCUGGCUCUGGCACUGGCUCUGGCACAGGCUCUCCGCCCAGCAGCAGUGGAUCUGGGAGUGCGCUUGGAUUAGGCAGUGGAUCUGGGAGUAUGCUCGGCUCUGGCUCUGGCUCUGGUACUGGCUCUGGCUCUGGCUCUGGCACUGGCUCUGGCACUGGCUCUCCACCCAACAACAGCGGAUCUGGGAGUGCGCUUGGAUCGAGCAGCAGAUCUGGGAGUAUGCUCGGCUCUGGUUCUGGCUCUGUCACAAACUCUCCACCCAACAACAGCGGAUCUGGGAGUGCGCUUGGAUCGAGCAGCAGAUCUGGGAGUAUGCUCGGCUCUGGUUCUGGCUCUGUCACAAACUCUACUGCUUCACCAAUUCUGCCCUCCUUUUUGGCAAAUGGUUCAGUAGUUACUAUAGGGAGCAAUUUGACUUUCAAUUCCACAAAUUUUGGAGAUGAGGGAUACUAUGUGUGCGUUGUAUCUCUUCCUGAUAGGAUUUGCUACUCUGAAAAUUUCAGCCUAACAGUUUCCCCUGGUGACCUAUCUGUGAAUGCCACACCCUUCAACGUGGUAAAUUUCGGUGAGGAUGUCAACCUCACUUGCUCUGCUCGUGGUGGACCCAAUAAUGUGUACCAAUGGCUGAGAAAUGGAAUGAACACUACUAUAAGGAGUCAACCCACACUAUCUAUCUUUCUAGCUGAUGCUAGUGAUGGAGGCGAGUACACCUGUGUUGUCAGCAACGCUGCCGGCAUUAGCAACGCUAGUCUCACACUGUACAUUCAACCAUACAUUGUAACUCAUCCACAACAAAUACUAGCAACUGUCCCAGAAUCAGUUUCAUUUACUUGCGAGGCCUUGGGAUUCCCUGCACCUAGCUAUCGAUGGGACAAGAUUGGUGAUCCCGAGUUUAAACGCUUUACACAAAAUCUCACCUUCAAUUCUGUAAAUUUUGGUAAUGAAGGAUUAUACCAAUGUGUUGCUUCAGUCAUAGUGGACAUGAUCAAUUACACUGCAAAGUCUAAUCAAGGAGAAUUGCUAUUGACUCCUGGUGAAGUAAUGAUUGACGCAAGUCCAUCUAGUGUUGGUAUGCUGAAUGAAAAUGUCACACUAACUUGCUCUGCAAGUGGUGGAAUUGAUAACUUCCAGUGGCAAAGAAACGGAAUCAAUCUUCCUGGAGAAAUGCAGUCUACACUAUUUCUCACUUCAGUUAAUGCUAGUGAUGGAGGAGAGUACACUUGUGUUGUCGGUAAUGCAGCUGGUAAUGGCAGUACCAAUUUCACUCUCUACAUUCAUCCAUACAUUGUGACUAAUCCACAACGUCAGCUACUUCGAACUGUGGCUAGCAAUGCAACAUUUACCUGUGAAGCUUCUGCGUUCCCUGCACCUGACUAUCGUUGGGACAAAGUUGGAGAUGUGCAGUUCGAUAAUCUUGACCGCUUUAGACAAAACUUCUCCUUUAAUCCUAUUGUUUUUGGCAAUGAAGGCAACUACGUAUGUGUUGCUUCAAUCAUUGUGGACAAUAUCAACUACACGAAAAAAUCUAAACCAGGAGAGCUCAUUUUAUCACCUGAGACUAGUGUGUCUAUCACACCUAGUAUGUCUAGAACAGUUCAAAGAGACACUCAAACGUUCACCUGCUCUGCCAUGGGUGGUCCUGGAAACAUGUUCUCAUGGAGGAGACUGUACGAUAACGAAAUUGUGGGGGACAUGUCUAAUCUAACUGUGAAUGUGAGUGGAGCCACAGACGGUGGGCAGUACAAGUGUGAAGUCACCAACAUAGCAGGCAGUGAUUCUGAUAAUACUACUGUAUACGUUGGUCCGAUUAUUGACACUCCCCCUUUAUCUGUGAAUGUGAGCUUCUCUGAAUCAUCCACUUUCACCUGUUCGGCCAGUGGAUUUCCGGUACCUACCAUCAUCUGGGUCCACAACGGAACACAGAAUCGGGAUGAUGAGAAUCGCACUACUGUGUUAUGUACCAUGGGAGACAGAUCUGUGACAAGCACCCUCACCAUCAACAUGGCUAUGGUUAAUGACUCUGGGGAGUACGUCUGCAAUGCUAGUAGUCCAAACUAUGACACUGUGUCAACGGACCCUGUUAUUUUAUUGGUACAAGCAACUCCCGAAAGACCACAGAAUGUGACAGCUGUAGAAGUGACAACAACUAGUGUGAUAUUGGAGUGGGUGGAGCCUCAUGACAACAAUGCCCCCAUCCGUGGUUACAAAGUCUCCUACACCAGACCAUCUUUUCUUGGAGGGACUACCAUGACUAUCAACAGCACAGUGGAGACUGUAAACAUCACUGGCCUACACCCUGGAGUAGCUUACUCCUUCUCAGUGGUUGCUUUCAAUGACAUUGGGAACAGUGCAUCUGAUAACGUCAUGGUCACUACUGUGGAAACAGUCCCUACAAACCCUCCUGAGAAUGUAAUGAUCACUGUGCUAUCAUCCACUGAGAUCCAAGUGAACUGGACUGAAGUUCCCAUGGUGCAUCGAAAUGGAAUAAUCACCACAUAUGAAGUGAUGUACGAACCACUGAUGACGUUUGAUGUACUCACUGCAGCCAGAGUGAACACUACAAAUAUUUCUACUGUUCUUACUGGACUGGAAGAGAAUUUAGAGUACAAUGUUUCCGUGAGAGCUUAUACAAGUGUGGGCCCUGGACCUUAUAGCCCAGAGGAUAUGGAAAUUACUUUUGAAGAUGCUCCUGCUAGUCCACCUCAGAAUGUGACGGCUACUGUGUUGUCCUCUACUGAGAUCCAAGUGAACUGGACUGAAGUUGCUGAGAUAGACCAGAAUGGAAUCAUCACUGAAUACGAAGUCAUGUAUGAGCCACUAAUGACAUUUGGUGUGCUCAAUACAACAACAAUAAGAACAAUGAACUUAUUUACUGUUCUCUAUGAGCUGGAAGAGUACGUGGAGUACAACAUCUCAGUGAGAGCAUACACACAGGUGGGACCAGGACCAUACAGUGUCGGUACUAUGAACAUAACAUUUGAAGAUGUGCCAAGUUCUUCACCUAGUAAUGUUAGUCCUACGGCAGUGUCUUCCACUGAGAUCAGUGUGAUGUGGCAAGAAGUUGCAGCAAUUGACCGAAAUGGAAACAUCACUCAGUAUGAAAUAACGUACAAUAGAGAGUUUGAGAAUCAAAGUAACAUCACUGAUGGAGACGCACGAAGUUUCAUUAUCACUGGAUUGGACAAGUUUGCAAACUACAGUAUCUCGGUGAGAGCUUACACCGGUGUGGGACCUGGACCCUAUAGUCCAAUUGCAGUGGAAGCUACUGACGAAGAUACUCCUGCCAGUCCUCCUCAGAAUGUGAUGACUACUGUGUUAUCUUCCACUGAGAUUCUGGUCAAUUGGACUGAAGUUUCUGAGAUAGACCAGAAUGGAUUGAUCGUUACAUAUGAAGUAAUGUAUGACCCGCUAAUGACGUUCAAUGGGAUGCUCAACAGAAUCACAGUCAACACAACAAAUUUGUCCAUCACUCUCAACAGCCUACAAGAAUAUGUAGAGUAUAACAUCUCAGUGAGAGCGUACACCAAUGUGGGACCUGGACCUUACAAUGUGGGGAUUAUCAAUAGGACGCUUGAGAAUGCUCCUUCUGGUUCACCAACAAUUAAUAGGGUCAUAUCACUGUCACCCACCGAGAUCCAAGUUACAUGGAUUGCAGUUCCUGAAAUAGAACAGAAUGGAGUCAUCACUCAUUAUGAAGUGUUGUACAAGAGUACUUUAGAUUUCACUAUUGGAAGUGUUUCCACUAUGGAUGGAGAUACAUUCACUGCAAACAUUACCGAGCUGGAAGAAUCUGUUGUGUACAAUAUAACUGUGAGAGCUUACACUGAGGUUGGGCCCGGACCCUUCAGUGAAGUAGCCAUGGAAACGACAGGAGGGGCAGCUCCUGCUAGCCCACCUCAGAAUGUGACGGCUACUGUGUUGUCCUCUACUGAGAUCCAAUUGAACUGGACUGAAGUUUCAGAGAUAGACCGGAAUGGAAUCAUUACUGAAUACGAAGUCAUGUAUGAGCCACUGAUGACAUUUGGUGUGCUCAAUACAACAACAAUAAGAACAAUGAACUUGUUUACUGUUCUCUAUGAGCUGGAAGAGUAUGUGGAGUAUAACAUAUCAGUGAGAGCGUACACUAAUGACGGAGCUGGACCCUACAGUGUAGGGAUUGUCAGGAGAACAUUCGAGGAUGCGCCAAGUUCUUCACCUAUUGAUGUUAAUGCCAUUUCCGUGUCCUCCACUGAGAUCAGAGUGACAUGGGAAGAAGUUGCAGCAAUUGACCAGAACGGAAACAUCACUAUGUAUGAAGUGAUGUACAAUGGAGAGUUUGAUCUAAUGAAUCAAAGUAACUUUACUAACGGCAACAUGCAAGAUUUCACUAUUUCUGGAUUGGACGAGUUUUCUGACUACAACAUCUCAGUGAGAGCUUACACCAGUGUGGGACCAGGACCUUACAGUGAUGCAGAGAGGGAAAUGACAGAUGAAGAUGUUCCAGCCAGUCCACCUCAAAAUGUCACAGCUUCUGUGCUAUCUUCCACUGAAAUCGAAGUGAACUGGACAGAAAUUCCUGAAAUGGAACAGAAUGGAAUCAUCACUGAAUACGAAGUCAUGUAUGAACCACUGAUGACCUUUGGUGGCGUGCUUACUACAAUAACAGUCAACACUACAAACAUGUUCGUAACUUUGACUGGUCUGCAGGAGUAUGUGGUGUACAACAUCUCGGUGAGAGCUUACACUAGUGUUGGAUCAGGUCCUUACAGUGUGGAGAUUGUUAGGAGAACUCAGGAAGACGUGCCUGGCUCUUCUCCCAGGAACCUCCAAGUGAUAGCAACAGGACCUACCUCUCUCAAUCUUUCAUGGGAGCCACCAGUAGAGAUGGACAUCAAUGGCAUUCUCACCAACUACACAAUCGAGUACUACAUAACUGAGGAGGAAAACAGUUCUCAUGAUGUUAUGUUGGUCUCUAGUGCAACAUUCACUAUUUUACUAGAAAAUCUUAACAACUUCACUAUCUAUAAUGUAUCUGUCUCGGCUAACACAGUGAUAGGCAGAGGUCCUAUAACUGAGAGGACUCAACGUACCGACGAAAAUGUUCCUGGUGAGGCUCCUCAAAAUAUUGCUGUGAACAGCGAAUCAUCGACUAGUAUACGAGUCGAAUGGGACCCUCCACGAGAAGAUUUUCAGUUUGGGAUCAUUCGAUCCUAUAUUGUGCUGUACAGAGUCACGGAAACAGGCUCAGCAAUGACGAUCAAUGUGGUCAAUCGCUCACUAAUUAUUGAGAGCUUGAUGGAAUUCACCAACUACUCUGUGGAGGUUGCAGCUGUGACAGUGGGAGAAGGACCUUACAGUGAUCCUGUCACUGUGGUAACAGAUCAAGACAUUCCUGGAGUUGUCGCCCGGCCACCAGAUAAUCAAUCCAUAAUAUCACCUUUCUCGGCCAAUGUUUCCUGGACUCCACCUGUUGACCCAAAUGGUAUCAUCAGACAGUACACUGUAAACUAUUUCAUUGUGUCCAAUGAUACAAUGAGCACCCGGAGACGAAGGCAGGCCCCAGUGCCAACUCUCAUUGAUCCCGUUUGUGUGGUUGGAGGUAUGGAGAACAUCAAUAGGAACAUCACUGUUACUGGGGAACUUACUUUUGCCAUUUUAGAAAGCCUCACUCCUUAUACUGUGUACGAGUUCAGAGUGCAAGCAGAGACUUCUAUAGGGCCUGGAAACUUUUCUCUGCCGAGGUCAUUUUGUACACCUGAAGAUGUACCGACUGAGCCAAGAAGUCUGUCAGUCCAAACACUUAGCUCCACCUCUUUUGAAGUCACCUGGGAGUCACCUCGGUGCAACUUUGGGGACCGUACUGGCUACAAUGUUUCACAUGAUCCGAUACUGGGCAACUUUGAUCCAUUGGGAACUGUUGGGACCCUGAGCAAUCCAUCCAUCCGGAGUGACUCUAAUGCAGGCAGUGUUAUAAUCACAGGACUGUCUCCCUUCACCAACUACACUGUCAGCAUAUGUGCAUUGACCUCUGUUGGAUGUGGCAACAUAUCUUCAAACACUGCUCAAACUAAUGAAGAUGCUCCUGAGCCGGUAUCCAGUCUGGGUAUCACAUCAACUCGUAGAAAUGGUAGCAGCAACAGAAUUACUAUUAUGGUCACCUGGAGGAGACCAUCGGAGAGAAAUGGACCAUACAGAUACAUGCUAAACUACACUGCUGAUCAGUCCUCUCCUUACCCCGUUACUAGGAGUAAUAGCACUGCUAGUAGUUCUAUUAACUUGGCAGGAGAUGAUCAGAGCUACUCUGUGCCCAGUCUCCCAUUUGCUGACUUUACAGUGAACUUGUAUGCUUACAAUAUCAGGAGAGGAGUUGGGUUUAAAAGUACUGUGAUGUCUCUUACAGAAAAGACUACAUCAAUUGAACCUACCAAUGUUUUAAACCUUGUUGGUACAACCACAAGCCACCAGUCAUUUCAAGUGAAUUGGGAUAUUCCACAAUUUCCGAACUCUGAAAUAACGAACUAUAUUAUCUACUAUACAGUAGCAAGUGCUAUCCAAGAUAUCCCUAUCAAUGAUAGUGGAUACACUUUUGUCAAUCAGACGACUGGCACAAGUUAUGAUGUAACGAACCUUGAUCCGUUCACCAACUACACUGUUCAUGUUAGAGCAAUUGGCAAUCCGAACCUGCAAGGUUCAGUUGUGGAGGAAAUACUUGUACGAACCAAUAUCACCAAUCCUUCGGCCGUUGUGAACCUAACAGCAGAAGGUAGUUCAUCUACAGAAAUUAUAGUCACAUGGAACCCUCCCACUAAACCUAAUGGUCCGAUCUCACACUACAUAGUGUACUAUACAAGAGGGAAUACUUCUCAAACAGGUACUAUCUCUAGUUCUGGGUACGAACAACAGAUGACAACUGGAACAAUGUUCACAAUUAAACAACUUAACCCAUUUACGUACUACCAAAUUCAUGUUCAACCAUUUGUAACCGAGAUGCCAUAUGUUUUGGAUGGAAUGAUAGAUAUUGAGAUUGUGAACAGGACUUUUAGUGCUGUACCUGACUUUACUCCAACUCCGGGACAAAUUGCAACAUCAGAACCAACUCACGAAGUUAUACACGUCCUUAUUCCAGACCCUAUGCAGAUCAAUACUGGACAAGUAAUUUUUGUGGCUGUGGUGGUAGUGAAGAAUCCACCUGUGGAUUUUGAUCAAACAAGUUACACCAGUACUCGGCCUUAUAAUCCCAUCCAACCUGAAACAAAUUACAUCACAGCUGCUUGGAAUGAGAAUGACGUCAGAGCUGGUCAAGUUCCCAAUAGCUUUAAUGUGGGAGAUGGGAUGAUGAAAAUUGUCGGUAGUAUGACGUAUAUUAAUGCAAAUCUGGAUUCCAACACAGACUAUGCAGUGUUUGUUAGAUUUGAUAUUGCUGCUGAUGAUAAUAUGAAUACAUUGUAUGUAUAUUCUGAGACUCUUGUGACAAAAACAGCUCUUCCAUUUAGUGUUCCAGGUCUUGCGAUUGGCAUGCUUAUUAUCAUAGCUGUGAUUGUGGUAGUGGUUAUUGUUGCUAUCAUCUUCUUCAUGCGAUUCAGAAAGAGAAAAGGCCUUCUGGAGAUUCACACGUCUGGGAAUACUUCUCAGGGCUUAUCUCUACAGGAUACCUCAGUUAGCAAAAGGGGCGAGGCUGCUCAACCUGUUUCCUUCUCUAACAUCAUUGAGAACCCCUUCACAGCUCAACAGCACACGGGAACACACGAUCCUAUAAAAGUGGCCAAUUUUCCUAACCAUGUGCGGAACCUUCACGCCAAUGACGACUACCUAUUCACUGAGGAAUACUCUAGUGUUGAGCCUGACCACUCUCCCACAACAGAGGCCACCAGAAGACCUGUCAACAUAUCCAAGAACAGAUAUGCCAACAUCACUGCAUAUGAUCACUCUCGAGUUAAACUGCAGGUCAUUCCUGAUGAAGAUGGAUCUGACUACAUUAAUGCGAACUUUAUGGAUGGAUAUCGAAGCACCAACGCUUUGAUUGCUGCACAAGGUCCUGUACCAUCUUCCGUUGAUGAUUUUUGGAGGAUGGUUUGGGAGCAAGGAGCUGCUACUAUUGUGAUGGUCACGAACCUUGAAGAAAAAGGAAGGGUCAAGUGCCACAAGUAUUGGCCUGACGACAAACCAGUGGUACAUGGAGAUAUCCGCAUCCAAUGUCAGGAGACACUCUCAUUGGCAGACUACGUCAUUCGUACCUUCUCUCUCACCCGAUCCAACUCAAAAGAAGAGAGAAUUAUUCGCCAGUACCACUAUACUGUGUGGCCUGAUCACGGUGUUCCCGAAUAUCCCACUCCAUUGCUCCACUUUGUGCGAAAAGUAACCUCCACCAACCCGACUAACGCUGGUCCUAUCGUUGUCCACUGCAGUGCUGGUGUAGGAAGGACUGGCACGUUCAUCACUCUGUUUUCUCAGCUGAAACAGAUAAAGGUGGAGAACUGUGUGGAUGUCUUUGGAUUUGUACACUCUAUGAGAAGAAGGAGGUGCUACAUGGUCCAAACCGAGCCCCAGUAUAUCUUCCUCCACGAUGCCCUUCUCGAGGCAAUUGAGUGUGGCAUCACCGAGGUACCGGCAAGAGAUCUGUUGAAACAGUACCGAAAGUUGGGCUCAGUGGAGCCUGGUAAGGAGGACACAGGGCUGGCCAUUGAGUUUAAGAAGCUGAAGAGUACUAUUCACUUCACAAUCACCAACAGUGUUGGCACCCUUCCAACUAGCAAGAGGAAGAACCGAUACACUGACACCCUGCCGUACGAUAAGUCUCGUUGCCGACUUAGUACAAUUCCUGGAGAAACUGGAUCUGACUACAUCAAUGCUAGCCAUAUUAAUGGCUACCACAAGCGUAAUGCCUUCAUAGCCACACAAGGGCCUCUUCCAGACACAUCGGAUGACUUCUGGAGGAUGAUUUGGGAGCAGAAUUGUGCCACCAUUGUGAUGCUCACCAAAGAGAGGGAAGGGGGGAAGGCCAAAUGUCAUCGGUACUGGCCUGAGAGUGGGGCAGGCAGUUUUGCCUACCUCCAGGUGAUCCUUCAUGCUGUCAACGAGUACCCAGACUAUAUCCUUAGAGAGCUCAAAAUUGUGGACACACGAGAUGGGUCAAGUCUGCCAGUGAAGCACUUCCAAUACACUGGGUGGCCAGAGGAGGGAGUGCCUGACAGCGGGUCAGGGUUCAUCGACCUUAUUGGUCAGGUGCAGAAAUGGCAGAGGAGCUCUGGAGACAAGCCAAUUGUGGCCCACUGCAGUGGAGGAACUGGACGCACGGGAACCUUUAUUGCUGUCAGUAUCCUCCUGGAGAGGCUCAAGACAGAGGGGACGGUGGACGUGUUUCAGACAGUCCGAGCUCUCCGACUGCAGAGGCCAGAGAUGGUGCGGACUGUGCCGCAGUACGAAUUCUGCUACAAGACAAUAUUGGAGUUUUUGGAAUCGUUUGAGCUCUACUCCAAUUUUAAAUAAAUGAUUUGCCUAAUACUGUAUAGUAUAAUUAUAGCUAGUAAGUAUAUCCAUCCCUGGAACUUUUUUUUUACUUUUUAACUUUUUACACAUACAGUACUGUAAUUAUUGUUUCCAGCCUUAAACAUUUUUAUUAGUUAGCAGUGUUUUCACAGUUUAUAUAUUUAUAGUAUACUCUUGUCGCUAUGUUUGAAUUGAAUUUGCACAUUGUCAA